AUGGAGACUAUUCAAGCAAUCGCAAGAGGCCAAGAGGUUAUGGCAAAAAUGCAAGAAGAAAUGAACCAACGUGCCAGUACUACCAAUCCUCCUACCCCUCUAGCGGUCGAGAUUCCGACUCCAGUUCCUCAAGUUGAUCCUCCAAUUAACAUUAAUGCACCCGGCGGUGUUCCAAAUGAUAAUCCUCGUCCUCAUAUUUUUGAGACAGAUGACCAACUCGAUGCAUUCUUCAACCCAAAGGAUGCUUCUCAGGAUGACGCCUUCGGUUCGGUAACCAACAAGGUCGAGAGGAAGGUAAAGGCUAUCGAGGAAAAGCUCAAAGCAAUGGGGAGCACUGACAUUUUGGGCCUUAAUGCGGCAGAAAUGUGCUUAGUACCUGGGGUCAUCAUUCUGGCCAAGUUCAAAGUUCCGGACUUUGAAAAAUAUAAGGGAAAUAGCGACCCUAGAACGCACAUUAGGGCAUACUGCCAAAAGAUGGCUGCGUAUUCCAGCGAUGAUAAACUUUUAAUGCAUUUUUUCCAAGGUUCCCUCAGUGGGCAUCUUUGGAUUGGUACAUGCAACUCGAGGUUGCAAAAUCUGACUCAGAGGUCUGAGGAGUCCUUCAAAAAGUAUGCCCAGCGGUGGAGGGAAUUAGCUGCUAGGGUACAACCCCCAUUGCUAGAAAGAGAACUGGUAGACAUGUUUAUGGGAAACCUGCAAGGUCCAUACCUUGAUAGAAUGGUAUGGAGCACCUCUUCGGGCUUUUCCGACCUGGUCUUAGCCGGUGAAAGGAUAGAAAAUAUGAUUAAGAUGGGAAAGAUCCAGAACUCUUCCAGUGCUUCUAGUGCAUCGAAGAAACCUUUUGUUCCCUACGGUAAAAAACGAGAAGGCGAGACCAAUGCUGCCUCCAUCAUUCGAACCAGAAAUCCCACUUAUCCACAAGUAGCUGCCAUAGCUCCCAUCCAACCGAGUCAACAACAACCAUUUGCAAUUCCUGUUCAAACUCAACAACAACAAUGGUAUCAACAACAACUGCAAUGUCAACAACCACAAUAUCAACAACAACAACAAAGGAUGCAAAGGCCCGAGAGAAGAUUUGACCCAGUUCCCAUGCCUUAUAGCCACAUUCUACCAUAUUUAUUGAGGGGAUCACUUGUACAACUAAGGGAGUUAGGACCCCCACCAGCAAUUCUUCCUCCCGAUUAUGAUGCAAAUGCCCGCUGUGAAUUUCAUUCUGGCGCUCCUGGGAAUUCGAUCGAGAAUUGUAAAGCAUUAAAGUACAAGUUUCAAGAUCUUAUUGACUCUAAGGCAAUCACGUUCUCCCCCAAGGGGCCGAAUGUAAAUAAUAACCCGGUGCCCCCUCACAACAAUGCAUCAGUGAAUAUGAUGGAAGCUGACAAUGGAAGGAGAUUGAUGUCCUGUGUGGACGAGUUAAAAACACCACUCAUCGAGAUCAAGAAUGCUUUAAUGAAGAAUAAUGUCUUUCCCAUCUGUGGUAAUGACUGUGAACACUAUCUGAUUAACCCGCAACAAUGUAGAACAUUGAAGUCUGUCAUACAACAAUUAAUGAACCAAGGGAUCUUGGUGGUAGACUGCCCGUCCACAAAGGAAUAUGUGUCUACCCUCGAGAUACCAUACGACGAAGUCCCUCCUCUGCAAAUUCCAUAUGACUUCUCUCAGUUAACUCUGUCGACAAAUCCUGUUACUCCAAUCAUAAUAACAGUUCUCACACCAUUCCCAUAUGUUGACACCAAGGCAGUCCCAUGGAUGUAUGACACCUCAGUCUACAUUCAUGGUCAGAAGAUUCAAGAAGAACCGUUGAAGUCUAGUGACCCAAUGAUCAAUAUCACCAGCACUAGCGGAGUCACGAGAAGUGGAAGGAUAUUUGCACUGACACCCACUCCAAUUGGAACUAUCAAUCCUUCAACUUCAGACAAAGGCAAAAAAAUUGAUGGCGCUUAG